AAACUAAAACGAUGUGCGAAGAACGAAGAGACUCGAGUCACUCGAGGAGACAAUUUUGGGAUUGGUGAGACAGACACAAAGAGAGAGAUCGCUCCAAUGGAAGAAUCUGUUCAUCAAUCUAUUCGCUUCGGCUCAGUUUCCGAUUUGAUAAUGCGGAAGAACCGCCGCGGAGGGUUUCUUCUACUCGGAUCAACGACGCUGUUAUGGUUCUUAUUCGAGAAACGUGGUUACAGUUUCUUCCCCUUUGUUGUUAAUACUCAGCUUCUUCUCGUUGUUAUACUCUUCCUCUGGGCCAAAUCUGCUAUUCUCUUCAACAGACCUAUGCCUCAACUACCUAAUCUUGAAAUCUCUGAGGCGUUUGUGUUUAUGGUGGCUGAUGGUUUACGAGUGUGGAUUAAUGCUGUGCUCGCUGUUGCUCGUGAGAUUUACGUGGGAAGAAAUGCUAAGCAACUCUUUCGGGUUAGUGUUGUGUUGUGGACAGUAUCAUUUGUUGGCAAAUUCUUGAACUUUCUCACGAUAGUGUAUCUUGGGGUUGUUCUCAGUCUUUUGGUCCCUUUUCUGUACGAGAGAUACCAGGGUCAUAUUGAUGAUCAGCUAUCCUUAACACAUCGAAUUAUUCAAACGCAGUACAGGAAAAUUGACGAAAGAUUACUACAGAAGAUUAUUCCUAAGCCUUCAAAUAAGAUAAAGAAGAUGCAAUAGUGAAAUAAACAAGACAUAAUAUGACCGAGUUGCGGAGGUUAAACUGAGGAUUGGUGCAAUAGAGCAUUGUAACAAACUAUGAUGAGUAUAUGAAAUGAGACUUGAGUGAUUGAUUCCAAAUGCUAUAAUGUGGUAUUCUCUCUCGAAUCAACCCGUAGUUGAUAGGGACACAAUGGAUGAAGAAGUCCAUGUCUAUGUGUAACUUGAGGAACUAAACGUGAUUGGUUCUAAUUAAAGUGGAGUGUUAUGAUUU